AGUCGCUUCUUUCCUGGCCCUUUCCCCUGAGGCUAGAUUUGGUGAGCCUAAGGGCUGCGGGUGUGGCGGAGAUUCCAGAGCCUUCCGGGCAGAAACGGGACCUCCCCGUAGUUCGUUCUGCGGGCGUGGAGUGGGCCGGGGAGUGGCCAGCGCGCGUCCCGGACACCGGCCGACAGACCCUCUGAGUGCCCCUCGGAAUAAGACAGUGUUUGCUACGGUACGGCGAGACUGUCUCCCGAUGUGCGAGUCCACGUCGACUGUGCGACAGGGUGCGAGUGAAUCCACGACUGGAGAUGGUGACCUUCAGAGACGUGGCAGUUGACUUCUCCCAAGAAGAAUGGGAUUGUCUGAAUUCUUCUCAAAGGCAUUUGUACAGUCAUGUGAUGUUGGAGAACUAUAGGAUCUUGGUGUCUCUGGGCCUUUGCUUUUCUAAGCCAAGUGUGAUAAUCUUGUUGGAACAAGGAAAAGAGCCAUGGCCGGCAAAGACGGAGCUGACAGACAGUUUGUCCACAGACUGGGAGUCUAUGUAUGUGACUGAAGAAUUAAUCCCAAAGCAGAAACUUUAUAAAGAAUGGUCAUCCAGAAAGAUAAUAGAAGAACUUAGAAGUAUUGGCCUUGAGUAUCCCAGGUUGAUGGGAGAAUGGAACCAUGAGCAGCAUUUUGAGAGGCAAUCUCAGAAUCUAAAAGUGUAUUUCAAGGAAGAGACCCUCACUUUUGAAGCUCUGGUUGAUAACAGAUCCUGGGGAAGUUUCUAUCAGAACACAUUGCUUCAUGCACAGCAGACAAGCCCCACAGAGGAGAAUGCAUAUAAACAAGGCACACACAAGAAAAGCUUGAAGAAAAGCUUGAAGACUGUUAGGCCCAGGAGCAUCUACACAGAGAAGAAACUUCUGAAAUGCAACGAUUGUGAGAAAGUCUUUAGCCAGAGUUCUUCCCUUACUCUACAUCAAAGAAUUCAUACUGGAGAGAAACCCUACACAUGUAUAGAAUGUGGGAAAGCCUUCAGCCAGAGAUCAAACCUUGUUCAGCAUCACAGGAUCCAUACCGGAGAAAAACCCUAUGAGUGUAGAGAGUGUCCGAAAGCUUUCAGUCAGAAUGCACACCUAGUCCAACACCUGCGAGUCCACACUGGAGAGAAACCUUACGAGUGCGCGGUGUGCAGGAAGGCCUUCAGCCAGAUGGCCUACCUUGCUCAGCAUCAGAGAGUUCACACUGGGGAGAAACCCUAUGAAUGUAUGGAAUGUGGAAAAGCAUUCAGCAAUAGGUCAUCCAUUGCUCAACACCAGAGAGUUCACACAGGAGAGAAACCUUAUGGGUGCAGGGUCUGUGGAAAAGCAUUUAGCCUCCGUGCAUACCUUACUGUGCAUCAGAGAAUACAUACCGGGGAGAGGCCCUAUGCAUGUAAGGAAUGUGGCAAGGCGUUCAGCCAAAAUUCACACCUUGCUCAACAUCAGAGAAUUCACACAGGAGAAAAACCUUACAAAUGCCAGGAAUGCAGGAAGGCCUUCAGCCAGAUUGCCUACCUUGCUCAACAUCAAAGAGUUCACACUGGGGAGAAACCUUAUGAGUGUGUUAAGUGUGGGAAGGCUUUUAGCAAUGACUCAUCCCUUACUCAACACCAGAGAGUUCAUACUGGAGAGAAACCUUAUGAAUGUAAUGUUUGUGGGAAGACUUUCAGUUACUGUGGAUCCCUUGCCCAGCAUCAGAGAAUUCAUACAGGAGAGAGACCCUAUGAAUGUAAAGAAUGCAAGAAAACCUUCAGGCAACAUGCACAUCUCGCUCAUCAUCAGAGAAUUCACAAUGGGGAGUCACUUGCCACCCAAUCCAGGAAAUCACCAAGUCCUGUAAAUCCCAUCUCCUAAAUAUUUCUGAAAUGUAUGUUCUUUUCUGUCUUCAAUGCUGACCACUGCCAUACUGUUCUAAUGGGUUUUCCAGUAUUUAUUAUUACUAUCUUUAAAUCCUUUUCCCAUAAUGUACCCAAAAUGAUUUUAUUUUGAGGUGGGAUCUUGUGUAACUCACGCUGGCCUUAGAAUCACUAUGUAGCCAAGGCUGGCCUCGACUCAUUAUCUUCCUGUCUCUGCCCCUCGAGUGCAAGUGCUGUGAUUACAACUCUGUGCUACCACACCUAGCAGAUUUUGUUAAGUAUAAGGAUUCAUGCAUCACCAUCUCCACCUAAAAUUGUUUUUUGAUUGCUAGUGGUUUUAGACUAAUCAAGACGCUUUAAAAUUAUAUAUAAGACUUUUCAUUGUCUGGUCCAAACAUACCAUUCAGCUUUAUUUUAUCCCCAUCUCCUUUAAGCACUAGACACUACUUAAGACUAUGAACUUAGGUUCUGGGAAAUCAUAGUUCUACCCCUACUAUGGUAUUGUGUGAGUUUGAACAACUUAUUUGACUUAUCUAAACCUCAGGAUUUUAAUCUUAAAAUAGGGAUAUUGAAGGCUACUGUAUUGUGCAAAUGUAUUAAAUGAAAGUGUCUGUUGAAAAUUAAUGCAUACUGAGAUAAGAAAUUUGCAUGCAGAGUACUUAACAUAGGACAUCAGCUAUAGCAGAUACUCAGUAAAUAGUAAUGCCUAACAUGAAUUAGGUGUAUACUAGGCGCCAGGCACUGUUCAGUAUAGUUAGCAUAUUUGAACUCAUUUACUUCUCACAACUGAAACAAGAUUUGUUGAACCUCUUUGGGAAACACCUGAUCAGAAUUGAGAAAACCUAAACAUUUUAGAACAUAAAUGGGAGUUUUCAUCCUCUAUGAAUCAUCAUUAUAGAUCCAGGGAGUAAAACAAUAAUUGAUUAUUAGUGUUUUACCAAGUUUCUAAAGAGAAUGGAGUAGAUUAAACCAAUAAGAUAGGAUUCACUGGGAAGUAUUCAGCACUUACAUUUAGAUCAGGAAGGUAGAAUUCACAAUUAACUCUAAAAACAUAAAGCAGAAAUGGGUAGUUCCCAUCAAAAGACACUAAACCUAAGUAAUUAUAUGAGUUAAUUCAGUAUGAAAACAUAUCAAUUGUUUUAUACUUAGAAAAAAAUAUAGUUUUCAAGCUUUUAUCCAGUGGUUUCCAAAGUGAAAGCAAAACUAAAACUACAGAUUUUCAUUUAUUCUGUAACAAUUGAGUAGCUACUCUUUAAACACCCUGAAGCAUGUGACGUGAACAAUAUGAAUACUACAUUCUCAUCAGUUAAAUUCCAGAGUGUAAACAGUUAAUAAUAAUUAGAUAUAAAGACAAUACAUUUUAUGACCAGCAUGGUGUCACACACCUUAAUUCCAGCACUCAGGAGGCAGAGGCAGGCAGAUCUUUGAGAGUUCAAGGCCAGCCUGGGCUACAAAGUGAGUUCCAGGAAAGGUGCCAAAACUAUACAGAGAAACCCUGUCUCAAAAAACCCUCCAAAAAUACAUUUUAAAACCCAGAAAACAGAAAAAUGACAAGAAAAUAAGUUAAGGACCAUAAGCUAUAGCAUAGUCCCAGGAAACUCAUUGGAGUUGGUGGUUCUUCCUAAUUCAUAUUCUAUAGCAAACUUUCUUGUUGGACUAUCUUUGGAUUGGCAGCCCCUAAAUAAUGACAUGGUGACUUCUUAUUAAUUAUGAAAGCUUGGCCUUUUGCUUAGGCUUGUCCCCAACUAGCACUUAUAACUCAAAUAAACCUGCUUCUGUUAAUCCAUAUUAUGCCCCAUGGCGUUUACCUUUUCCUCAGUAUGGCACGUCCUGACUUGCUCCAAAUCUGCUGGUGAAAUCUGAGUGCCUAGAUUCCUCCUCUUUCUCUCUCUACCCAGAAAUCCCACCUAUCCUCUCCUAACUAGCUAUUGGCCAUUCAGCUCUUUAUUAAACCUAUCAGAAGGUACACUGGCAAAGACACAUUUUCACAGUAUAGAAAUAUUCUGCAACAAUAUCCAUUGCAAAUCCUCAAUGGAAUGUUUGUACCCUUUAAUUUCAUAAAAUGCCAUGGAAGCUUCUGGCAAGUGAAAAUCCCAAAGAAUGCAAGAAACAUAUUGACUCUAUUUGUAGAAACUUCAUAUGAAAGGUCGGUUCAGAAUGGUAGCAAAACGUAGACCUAGAGGGGUUAGAAAAAUUGAUUUUCCAUGUCAUGAGGAGUAAGGGUUGUACAAAAUGAAACCAUCAUAAAAUGAGCUAUUUCAAGAUCAAUGCUGGUGGCUAGGCACAGUGGUGAACACCUGUCAGAGGCAGACACAGGCAGAGCUUUAUGGGUUGGAGAUCAGCUUGCUUUACAUAGCAAAUUCCAAGCCAUCCAAGACUACAAAAUGAAACCAGUAUUUAAAGAAGAAGAAGAAGAAGGAGAAGAAGAAGAAGAAGAAGAAGAAGAAGAAGAAGAAGAAGAAGAAGAAGAAGAAGAAGAAGAAGAAGAAGAAGAAGAAGAAGAAGAAGAACUACUAACUGGAAAGAUGUGGAGCCUUGUGGAUACUCAUGGUUGUGGUUGUCUGCAGCAUCAGUUGGCAAUAUCUUAUAAAGUUGAGGAUGUGAACUGUCUUGAACCCAGUAAUUCUGCCUUGAACCCUCUACAAAAAUGCAAGUCUUCAUGUUUCAUGAGAUGUACAUGGAAGACCCACUGCAGUGCUAUUUAUAGGAAUGAAGAAAGUAGCCAAAAAAUGGGCUUAAUUUAGAAUGCCAAUUAUACUAGCCAAUGGAGAUACUUCCAUCAACAUUGUUAAAUUCCAAAACUAUAAUAAUAUUUAAUUAGAGAGUAUUUUUUUUGUAUGACACAGUACCACAAGGCUUGAAAACAUACAAGUCAGAUGCUAUAUACUUUCCAUAAUAGAUACUAUAUAGGAAGAACAUGAAAGCAUUUAUGGAAAUAAUCACAAGAUCCAUAAUAGUGGUGAUCUCUGGGAAGAACUAAAAAUGAGACUGAGAAAGAAUGCAAAGAAAAACUAUUUA